AUGGCAGGAUGUACUGCCGAGCCUGUCGAGCUGCUGGCUACGCUACGCCUGCGUGCUGUGGUCGAGGAGGCAGGCGAGCAGGCAGGGCAAGGGCUAGAGGUGUCUGAACGCGAGUCGGCACUGCCCACGAUAGGAGCGAUGCUCUUCCGCGCGUGUCGGACUCCCUCUGCCCAGACCCAGCCCGCCCGCCCGUUCGUCGACGCUGGUUCCAAGGCUACCUUUGAUGAGAUAUGA